UAUCACACACCGGACAUGUUUGUUUUGCGUGCUUUUGCUUUUAAAUGUUUUGAUAACGUUUUGUUGUUGACAGCCAACACGCGGCAUUUGCAUUUAAACGGAUACAUAACCAUUUAAGGAAAUACCUUUUUUAAUCACAUUUAGGAUAUUCGUGCAAUAUGCAAGAAAUGCCGGAAUCACAGCCGUCUAAAAGUGAGGUGGAGCGGAAUCACGAAUGCAUGAUGCUACAACAAAGAAUAGAUACGACUAGCAUUGCCAAUAGAACGAUGAAGAUGGAGAUGGACGCGUACAACCCUUCCUACACUGCGGAGCUUCAGUUCCUAAAGUCGCGGGUUCGGGAGCUUGAGAAGGAGAAGGCCGAAAUAGUAGCUGACAACCAGCGGCUGCAAAACAUGCUAGUGAAGGAGAUCCCUGGCCUGCUCUCCACCAUGUGGCAAACUCUGGGCCAAGCAAACCAGCCCCCCCACCCUGCCGCUUCACCACAGGCGGUCUCCACAGCAACAGGGAGGGGUGAGAGCUACAUGUAUGCGCACCACUCGGUUUCGGGUCACUCCGGCCGCGGGUUCAGUCCCCCGCUCCAUCAUCAGCCAAUGUCCAACCGCUCAGCUAUGACUCUGGACGACAUGAACGGAAGCGUGUCCACCUUCGGUCCCGAGGUCGAUGUCAGUGAGCACGGCGUGGAAGAAGACUUAGAGCUGAGUAACAUCACAAAGGACAGCGACUCCCACAGCUCGCUGUGUGGCAUAGCAACCAACCUACCCAGGACCUGCUCAGAGACACACUGUGUCAGCGUGACUGGCCAUGUAAACCAGGUGGAGGUAUAUCCAGGUUCUGGGGUUUUUUGUGAAAUGCGGUCCUGGCAUGCAGCCAAUCAGACUCAGUCUCCCACAGUGAUGGCGCGCACCCUGUUGCUGGGCGUGUUUGACAUGGACACCCUGCUGAACAGCAAUCUACGAGGCGGGCGGAGCCGCAGACCAACGUUUCCCAACCACCGCACUGCCCUCGACCCACAGAAACUCAACGCCAUCUAUAAUGCCACACUGGCCCGCUUCCCGUUGGCCAGGAAAGGACAGAUUGGCACCGGCAUCAACUCCAAGCUGUCUGAGCUCCGGUUCCGAUCCAGGAGAGCCAACCGGGAGUCUACUUUUCUAUGAAGGACUUUGUCUGCUCACGAGCCCGAGUUGUAUUAAAUCAGUGUUUUAUUACAUUUAUUUAUUUGAAAACAUUUUGUCACAUGAACUGUUAAAUUUGUUGUCAGGCACUGUUACAACGCCAACUCUCGCCACUGAUCGACAGCCAGCGUUGACACAGGCAAAAUUUCACACGAUUUCACAGACUUAUUUAUUUUUUUAAUUCUAACUUGACUCAUGCCACCGAAGUCUGCCAGCACAUAAACGUGUAGCACAGCGAGAGACCGGAAGGGGCGACCUGCCAAACGGCCUAUUCCCUUUUCACCAUCGCCUACAAGUUUAACACACGUGGCAGUUCAGACUAUUGACGUGAUGCAAGAGAACCGUGUCAGUUGUACUGAGAGUGGGGAGCACCAACGCAUGCAGCUCCAAAUGUCUCACGUCUUUCCUCACUCUGGUGUCAGGUGACUGUGGAUCAUAUCAGCACUGGCAUAGGAUGCUGUUUGCUUGUUGUUUUGAAAUGUUUGACAGUGACUUGUUGGCCUAGGCAUAGCCAGGUGUUGUCAUUCGUGAUUAAGAAAUGAAUUCAUUUUUAGGCAUUGUGGAGUUCCACCUCAAAGUUAUUGUUUGCAGAUAAUCUAAAUCAAAACCUAGUUGACCUAAUAGUGGUAGCACGAAAACAAAUAAUUACGAGAGACUGUUGCGGCAGGGUACAGUAGCCAAGCAGACAAGGUGAACAAACCCUUUCGUUCUGUCCCUGAGCAAUAUGGUUAAACCUAAUUGUUUCCUGGUCGUUUCUUCAGAAAUAACCUGUUCUUAACAUAUUUACCUUUUAAAAUAACAGAGAAAUGCAAAUGUGUGCUGUUGGAAAAUCUUGACUUGUUAACAGUAAAGGAUAAUGGGACAAGCUUAACUAGUUUUCUGUCUAUAACAAUUCCACUAAAUGUAACUUUGAUACAAACUUAUUUACAAAUAAGGCCUAUUUCUAGUUUUUAUUAAAGUCCUUAAAUUGUACAAUGGGUAUGUAAUCCAGCACAGAAAAUGGGUGAGUUUUUUAGUUGUUUUGAAUGGAAAGGCAAAAAAAACACAUGGAAAAAUAUUAUUUUUGAUG